UAUAUUUCUAUGGGAUUCUCUGGGGUGGGGGGAAGAUGAGGCCUGUAGGAUGCCCUCCCACCCCGCCCAGCCCUGUAGAGCGGCCAGGAGGGGAGGGCAGGUUGGGGAAGGCGCCCACGGCAGCCCCAGGCCAGUGCGGAGGCUGUGGGAGGAGAUGCCAGUGGGGAUGACGCCACACCUGCGCUGGAGCCGUGGUACCUGCGCCUGUCCCAGGUGAGCGGUCCUGCCGGGGGGCCGGGCAGCCAUCUGGUUCCUCUGGUCUCUUAGUGACAGUCCGGACAGGGGCAGUAACGAGCGCUUGUGGAUGGAUGCCUACCGCCAGCAAAGGUGCCAUUAGGUCUGGAAGCAAUUAGGGCCAGGCCUCCGGAGGUCAGCACCCGGGCCCCCUGCCCCGGCCAGGGCCAGAGUUGAGCGUGUGCUGGGGCGCAGAGGCAGAGGGCCAGAGGCCUGGGGCCCCAGGAGCAGCUGCCCACUCUGCCUAGGGAGCCAUGGGCAAAGGCCCUGAAUGCCCCCCACACCCGCAGAAGCCCCCUGAACAGGACGAGUGGCAGCGACCCCGCUCUGCGUUCACCCUGCGGAGGAAGCUGGACGAAGGCUACUUCGGGGAGGUGUGGGAAGGCCUGUGGCUGGACUCCAUGCUCGUGGCGGUCAAGGUCAUCAGACCAGGUGGGUGGGGGCCCCCUGGAGCCUGGGGCAGUGGCGGUGGGCAGCAGGAGCACAAGUAUGUGGGCCUCUGGGACUUCGAGGCCCGCACAGCCCAGGAGCUGAGCUUCCGGGCAGGGGACCUCUUCCAUGUGGCCAGAAAGGAGGAGGAGUGGUGGUGGACCGUGCUGCUGGACCGGGUGGGCAGGGCUCUGGCCAAGGAGACGGUGGGGUUGGAGCCGUGGUUCUUUGGCCGGAUCUCUCUCUCGGAAGCCCUGCACCGACUGCAGGCCACGGGCAACGAGCUGGGGGCCUUCCUGAUCCGGGUCAGCGAGGAGCCGGGCGCCAACUGCGUCCUCUCGGUGCGGGACCAGCAGACCGUUCGCCACUACAAGAUCUGGUGGCAGGACGGCCGGUUGCACCUCAACGAGGCUGUGUCCUUCCUCAGCCUACCCAAGCUCGUGGACCACCACGAGGCCCAGAGCCUGUCCCACGGCCUGUGGCUGACCUCGCCCCGCCGAAAGCAUGAGCUGGAGCCCCUGCCCCACUGUGACGAUUGGGAGAGGCCUCGGGAAGAGUUCACGCUCUGCAGGAAGCUGGGCUCCGGCUACUUUGGGGAGGUCUUCAAAGGGCUCUGGAAGGACAAGGUCCGAGUGGCCAUCAAGGUGAUCGUCCGAGCUGAGCUUCUGCGUCGGCACACGUUCCAGUCGGAGAUCCAGGCCAUGAAGAAGCCGCGGCACAAGCCCAUCCUGGCACUGGGGGACCCUGGGUACAUCAUCACAGAGCUCCUGCCCAAGGAGAGCCUGCUGGAGCUGCUGCGGGACUCCGAUGAGAAAACCCUGCCCAUCUCGGAGCUGGUGGGCAUUGCAGCACAGGUGGCCGGGGGCAUGUGCUACCUGGAAUUGCAUAAUUACAUCCACGGGGAUCUGGCCGCCAGGAACAUCCUCGUGGGGGAAAACAACAUCUGCAAAAUCGGGGACUUGGGGCUGGGCAGGCUCAUCAAGAACGUCUACCUCUUCCAUGACCACAGCAUCCCUUACAAGUGGACUGCCCCCGAGGCACUCUCCCGAGGGCAUUACUCCAUCAAAUCUGACACCUGGUCCUUCGGGGUUCUCCUUCAUGAGAUUUCCAGCAGGGGUCAGAUGCCCUGCCCAGGUACUGGGCAUGUCCAUACCCUCCUGAGGGUAGAGGCGGCCUACCGCAUGCCCUGCCCCCUGGAGUGCCCACCCACCACACACAAGCUGAUGCUCUCGUGCUGGCACAGGGACCUCGAGCAGAGGCCCCGCUUCAAAGGGCUGCGGGAAAAGCUCUCCAGCCUCAGAAGGUACGAGAGCCUGCUGCGUCGGCCGCCUCCUUGCCACUGCCUGAAGGCCAGGCCAGCCCUCGUGAGGGGCCUGAGCAACCUCGGAUCAUGGGAGUGGGCUGACCCAGAUUUACUGAGGAUUUGCUGAAGGUACCAACAGCUCCCAGAAUCAACCGGACACUCCCGAGAAGGGGCUCGGGCAGCCCUGGGCCCACCUGUUGCCCAGUGCAGCCAGGAGCUGGGACUGCCCCUCCGCCUGACACCAGCUCCUGGAAAGUGCUGGGACCUCCACAGCCAACACCUGCCCUGGGGCUCCAGGAGCCAGGUCGCCCCUCCUUCCAAAGGGAGUGGACCUGUCCCUGGUCCUGACCCAAAGCCCACCGGCUGUCAGGACCAGGGCUGAGCUUCCGGGCCGUGCGCGGUGGGGACCGAGGCUUUGGCUGCACUCCCUGUGCCCUCUGGCCUUGCCUGAGACCUGGAUAUAAGGGGGUGUGGACCCCCCAGUCCUCUGUGGAGACAGGGGCACUGACGCCUGCUCCCCGGGGCCAGCCGCUGCUCCUAUCCAGCUGCCCCCGGGGGGCCUGGGGGGCCACGUCUGGACACUGUGACCGAAAGGACUGGGUGGGGGUCAGGCUAACUGUGCCUGGACACAUUUGAGGGCAGGCAGGACAGAAGGUGCAGCCUUUGGGGGCCACGAGCCACCCAAAUGCCUUGGGAUGGACUCCCGACCCCCGUGACUUAGAGCGGAGCUGGGGCGGGGUGGCCAGCUGAGCCCGGCCUGCUAACCAGUGGAGACCACCCCUCUAGGCCCCCGCCCUCACACCAAGCCUCCGUCCGCUCCCUCACUGAAUUGCCCUCUCCUGACCCCCAGGCCCCGGUCAGUCUCUGCCGGCCACUGAGGCACGUGGACGCCACCAGCCUACCCCCCACGCCUGCCCCCAGGAGGCCAGCAGAGGAUGAGACGACUCCCCAGCCACACACAGAGCUCCCAAGUAGGACUCUGCCCAAAGCUGGGCUGCCCCGGGUGGGGCCCCGUAGAGCCUCCCACACCCCCUUCCCCUCACCCUUAGGCUGCCGGGGGCCCUGCCCAGAGUGUGCCUUACAAGAGGCUACAGGAGACGCCGCCCUUACUGGAAGGCACGUGGGAGAGAGCAGGGCGCGUGAGCUGCUCCACACCAGGCUGAGGACGGCCUCCUCGAGGGCGCCGGGCCCCACGUCUGAGGGCUCCGGACCCAAGCCAGAGACCCUGUCUCCUGCCGCGGCAGCAGGGGCCGAGGCGGGCUUACUCCGAGGACCCCAACCUCAGUGGCUGCCCUGGGACUGCCUGCUCUCCCCGGCUCCCCAGGAUAGCAAGGCACCCCACCUCUUCUCAGAUACAAGGCUCCACACUCACCGGAGCUGUCUGCCCACGUGAACCGGAGCCAGAUCUCGGAGGUGGCCCGCUAGGGAGGGACCCCAGGAGGGCCCAGGAAGUGAGAAGUUUGAGGGGUUGGUGACUCCUCCCGCGGGGGUGGGGGUGGCAUGGAGCUCACACACACACCAUGUGGCUGCUGGCUGCUUGUUUAUUUUCUACUCGGUGCAAGGCACAGGUUAGAGGGUGCCGGGAAGGCUCUCAUGUGGCUUGGACAGUAAAGAGUGGAGUUCUCUCAACUUCCUUUUUGGUGUUUUGCUGUUUUGAUAUUAAAAACCCAACUGCU